GUGUGUGUGGGAGUGUGUGUGUGUAUUUGUGUGUACGUCAGGAAGAGAGACAGAUCGCGCGGAGAGAGCUCGCGGCCAGUUUGAUGCAGACCUUCAGACCGGAGAGUCGAGUGGCUGAAUGAAAGUGGACUGCCUAAUCAGAGAAGACAAGUCUCAACCAGAUGAGACAAGUUUAAACCACUACUGAGUGCUCCAGCCAACAUGAAGAUUUAUUUGUGGUUGGGUGCUGUUAUGCCAUGUAUGCACAUAAGAACAUUAAUGUGUGCAUUUUUAAGGUGAAGUAGUGUGUGAGAGUGGGGUGCAAUGAUUUUCAUCAUGUCUGAAGAGGGCAUUAACUGCACCAUCGGCCAUGAAAUCCACCAGUACCUCUUCUCCUGUGUGUAUAUCCUCGUACUGUUGAUUGGUGUUCCCUCCAACCUGUACUCUCUGUACCACGCUGCACUGCAGCUGAAGCAAAAGAAUGAGCUGGGAGUAUACUUAAUGAACCUCACUGUGUCUGAUCUGUUAUACCUGGCAUCAUUACCGCUGUGGCUCCAGUACAUCUUUCAGGAUGAUAAUUGGAGUCAUAGGGAAUGGUUGUGUCAGCUGUGUGGCUUCCUUCUCUAUGAGAACAUCUACAUCAGCAUUGGUUUCCUGUGCUGUAUCAGUCUGGAUCGCUACCUGGCUGUAGUCCAUCCUUUAAGGUUCACCUCUCUGCGCUCUAUGAAUGCAGCGUGGCUCGUAAGUGGCAUCAUCUGGCUAAAGGAGAUAGCUGUCGGUGUGGUUUUCUUCCGCCAUAAAGUACUGAGCAAAGAUGGCAAGAACCAAUCAGUGUGCUUUGAGCACUACCCCAUGCAGGAGUGGGAGUAUCCAAUCAACAUCUACCGCUUCACUAUUGGCUUCAUGUUCCCACUGGCCAUUCUAUCGAUCAGCUACCUGUGCGUCCUUCGUGCUGUGGGUCGGAGUGCAGGGACCCAGCCGGAUCAGAAGAUGAGGAUCAGGCAAUUAGUCAGCAGUACCAUCCUCAUCUUCCUCGUCUGCUUCUCCCCAUACCACAUCUUCCUGUUGGUUCGCACCAUCAUGGAGCGAAACUGCGACUUUAUCGCAGGAAUAUUUAACUACUACCACCUGUCGUUGUUGCUGACCACUCUGAACUGCGUGGCCGACCCUGCUCUCUACUGCUUCGUCAGCGAAAGCGCUCGCCGUGGCCUGCACAGGGCCAUAAUCCGACCCGUUGUCAGGAUACUUUGUUGUUGCCGUCGCCGUGGCAAUGCGAGACCCGCCAUCCCCGCUACGGAUUCCCAUGAAGUCGCCACUGACGAGAACAACGGCCACCCAACGGUGACACUGCUCACACACACCAGCACACUCAACACUCUAAAAACAGAUGCCACCAGCAAAAAUAGUAUUUUAACCACACAGACUGAUGAAAAAGCCAUCAUAUCUUUAACUGUGCAAAAUAACAGACACUCCGAUAAAUGUGCAGACAGUGAUGGAAAGCCCAGCUUUGUGAUUGGAAUGGAAGAGAUGAGCCUAAAGACAGAGAAGAUUGAAGAGACUGAGGAGCACCAGUUAAAAUGAUUUAAGGAUCAAUCAGGACCUGUGCUAGCAGAGGCCUCAGGGCAGCAGGAUUAAGACAGAGGACAAGCCUGACUCCCAGACUAAGCUAAAGCAUCCUGAGCAUGACUGGAGACUGAACGCACAAGAGACCAAUCACAACUAGCCUGCCUUUAAGGCUCAAUCUGGCAGCGACCACGAUGAGAGCCUGCUGCCCACCCAGCUGUGUUUACAUUGUAUUUCAUUGGCAUUUGAGCAAAAGCAUUUUCUUUACUCUCCCACGUGAUUUCACUGAGCUCGGGAUACAACUCAGUGUUAGAGCUUAACAUGAAUCUGACAUUCACUUUGUCGCUGUAAAUGCCCUGUUUACAUUUCAACGGUCUGUAGACAUGGGCAAAAAUUGGAGAUUUGAGAUUGAGAAAAGGGCAUUGUCCAUCGGGGGGUUAUUAUUGACCAAGUAUUAAUAUUGCAGGAAAUAUCCACCUUGGGAACCCGAAUUUAAUGUAAUAGUAGGCUGUAAAGCAGAGUUUGCAGCAGCAUUGCAUCUGUAUCUGUGUCUGUAUACUGCUUCUCUUCUAAUAAGCAGAAAUUUCGCACUCAUUCAUCCUAAAAUUGUUUUAUUAGAAGCUGAAACUUACUAUAUUAUUUAUAAUAAUCAGGCAGCAGACUGGGACACUUUAAUAUUCAUUAUGAAUCCGUUUAUCUUCUGAACUAAUCCAUCCACAGUUUUUUUUCACAAACAACCCAAAAAUACUGCAAUUACAACACUUUGACAGUAACUUUACCCUGUGAGGUACAGGGCAGUAGGGCAGUACAGGGCAUUCAGUAUGAGAACAGAUUCAGGUAACACUUUACUUGAAAUCGUGUGUAUGUGUUACAGCUUACCACAUCCUGAGUGCAUGAUGUGAUUUUUUCUUUUCAGUGCAUGAACACGACAUGCUAAAUUAGAUGGUUGAACAGUUAUGGCACAGCUGUAAAAUUACUGUCUUUAUACAUUUUAUGCAUUUGCUGAUGUUUGAUGACUUGUCUGAUGAUAAAAUGUUUCUUUGUCCUCAACUGGCUUACAAUGUGUUUAUCAUAUGUCAUAAUGCACCUGUGCAAGCACCAGUGUUAUACAAACCUACUCUAGUAUUUACUUCAGUGUUAUUAACCCAUUAUCUAAAUUAGGGGGUUAUCCAUACUAUGAAAAUUCAGAUUAGAGCUGCAAUGAUUAGUAUGUCAAUCAGUUGCCAACUAUUGAAUUAAUCUGCAACUAUUUUGGUUAAUCAUUCGCAGUCAUUUUUAUUAAAAAAAAUGUCGAAAUUCUCUGUUCCAGCUUCUCAAAUGUGAAUAUCUUCUGGUUUAUUUUAGUCUUAAACCAUUAAACUGUUGGUUGGGACAAAAGAAGACAUUUAAGACAUUUUAAGGACCAAACAACUAAUCGAUUACUCAAGAAAAUAAUCGACUCAUUAAUCGAUAAUGAAAACGAUUGUUAGUUGCAGCCAUAAUUCAGAUUAAGACACAAAUCUACUCCCAACCUUCCACAGUGUUUUGUUCAGCAUUAUGUUAUUUCCAGGGACUUGAGACUUAACAUACUGUAGGAUUUUUAGCUUUAACUUUAAAGUGAGACUAAUUAACUUUUUCUGAAUCCAAGUGACAGAUAAGGGACAAUGGUGAUUGCCAAAAUGUAAUAUAACAGUGGCACAAGUAGAAACGAGCCAUAAAGUUGAUAAACUGUCAGUCACACAGUGAUAUCCAAGCUAUCUCAAGUUUGCUAACAUUAGCUAAUAUUAGCCAAGCUACUAGUCAUUCCAGACCGGUGUACUGAAUGGAACAAGGGUGUCUUUUAUUACUUAUCAACAAAACGUUUCAUUUGUUAGAGGAAGAUUGUUAUUUCUUCUUUCUAUACUUACAUAGUCUUGCUUUAAACAGUAAUUUCUUAAUCAUUGGACUAGACUAGACUAGAAAUGGGGUUUAAAACCUUAUAAUUGUUUUAAAAAGGUGUUACUAUUUAUUGUCCAAUAUAUUUUUUUAAAUAUACAUACUACUAUUUUGUACGCAAGUAAAUGUCUCGGGGUGACUUUAAAUGACCAUGUUAGUGUCAGGCGUUGAUCAGUUAAUAUGGAUGUAAGUGACAGGCUUUAAAAAGGGAGUCUGUGGUCUUUAACAUUGGCAUGCAUAGGCUCUGCCUGCUCUGUACUAUAAGAAGUUAAAUAUCAAGGGAAAUUAUCUCCAAUGUUUACAUAUUGCGAUUUGCAUGCAUGGGAAUGGCACUAUAUUGUUAUGGUCUUGAUUUUCUAUUGUAAAGAAUCUGUAACUCCAUUUAUCAUUGAACAAUAAUAUUAUGUUCACAACUUGUGUUGUCAUAAAUCCUCAAAAUUAUUGUCAAAACUUUGUUAUGAAGGUGUAUCAAAGUUAGAACUUCCUUUUUUUUUUUUUUAACAAACAUAUGACCAUAACGUUAUGGUCAAAAUUUAGUUCCAUAAUCAUAACAUGGUCAAAACCUUAUUUAUGCAAAUGUUAUGGAAGUAUGAAAUUGUGAUCAAAAUUUUAAAUAUUGUGUUAAUAUAACAAUAUAGUCAAAACUUUGUUAUUAUGGUCAAAUUUCAAAAAUAUGAAUGAAUUAUAAAUUAAUGGUGGAAAAUGCAAGUGUUACAGAAAUAUAAUAUAAUGUCAAACUUCAGUUGUUAUGGAAAUAUGACAUCAUGGUCAAAGUAUCUUGUCAAAAUAAAAAAUGUUCAUGAUAUAUCUUGACAGUGACAAAUGUGAUAAAGAAUAUUUUUUA